CAGAUGCAAGGUCCAUACAACUUUAUGCAGGUAAGAAAAUAGCCAUUUGCCUUUUAUCAGAAAACUAAAGGCUGUAUUGUUAGUUUUGGAGUCUCCUAAGAGUUUUUUGCCUUGGGUGUGGCAGGUUAGCUUACUUUUAAAUGGCAUUAGAAUGACACACAAAAAACCUCAUCCCGUUAUUAAAAGAACAGAAACCAUAAAGAGUUACUUGCACUCCAUACGUACAAAGUAGUUUCCGAAUGUAUUGAAAUAAUUGGGUUGGAAUAGAAUUUGCUUUUUCCAUGUUUGAGCUGUAAAGUUACAUGAUCUGCUUUGGCAGGAUUCAAUGUUGGAGUUUGAAAGUCAAGCAAUCGACCCAGCUAUUGUCUCAGCACAGCCCAUGAACCCAACUCAGAGCAUGGAUCUCCCACAGAUGGUUUGCCCUCCAGGUAAGCAUCCUGUGAUUUUGGACAUGCUCAGGUCCUGAAGAUUUGGAACACUGGCUUAUACCUCAUGCUGGGCUACUAUCUUCCGGUUCUGAAGAACCAUUUAGUAACCGUUCUGGCAUUCUAAAAGCUCUAUAAUUCCGGCAAAGAGCUGGUAAACAUUCAAAGCUGUAAUUUGUGCUAGACCUAUUUGAGUGUUAAUUAUUCAUGGUAAACUUCUGCAUAUUGAUUAAGUAACAUUUUAAUAAUACUGUCUUCUCGUCAUUUUUUUUUUUUUUUCUCUUCUUUUCUCUCGUUCCCCUCCCCAAAGUCCAUUCUGAGCCAAGGCUAUCUCAACCCAACCAAGUUGCAGAUUCCACACAGGUAAGAUCAUUUGCUGAUGAUGCAUACAUUGCAUGUUUUGGUAACAAUUUAAGGGGGAACUAGGCAUAAUUGAGAUGCCUGUUUGGGUGAAUUUUGCUUCAUCUCCUCUCUAACACGUGGUAGGGUGAUCCAAUUUCACAUUUUGGGCUACCAAUUAUUGUUUAAUCCAAAGCUUGACAGAGUUGGGGGCCAGGCUUUAUUUAUAUUGGGUAAAGACCUCAUUUGGAGGUUGAAACAUUGCUGCUUGUGUUAUGCACUGAUCUUUAUUAAAUCUGCUUUAUGAGGCAGUCCUGAGUGCCUGGACCAUUUCUGUUUAUUGUAGGCAAAGUCAAUUAUGUAAGAAAUGCCUGGAGAUGUAUUGUUUCAUAGGCUAAUAAAGUACACCAAAAGUCUUAUUCUAAGUGGAGCACUGAUUUCAUUAUGAGUCUGGACAGGUUCCUGAUCGUUUCUGCUAUCUCUUAAACUAUUGACAUUCAACCUCCUAAUGUCUGUUCAAAGGUUUCGUUGGUAUCCUCCACAAGUGACGGUUAUGUCGGCUCUCCACAGAUUUAUCAACCAUCUCAUCCCUCUGAGCAAAGGACCCAGAAGGAGGCUCUGGAACAAAUUCAGGUUUGUUUGCUUUUACAUUUUUGUAUAAUAUCCACUAUUCUGUGUUGUGAGUUUUGGGGGUUUUGUGUGUUUAUUAAUCCUUAUGAACUUGGCAUUUAUGUGUGUUUUGUGUGGCUUUUUAAAAAAAUACUUAUUUCUGUGUUUAGGCUUCACUUUCCUUAAGUCCUGACCCAACACAGACCUCCUCAUCUCUUCCUGCUGCUUCCCAACCUCAGGUUUUCCAAACCGGGUCAAACAAGCCUCUGCACAGCAGCGGGAUCAAUGUUAACGCUGCUCCAUUCCAGUCAAUGCAAACUGUAAGUAUUGCGAGGCAUUACUUGUUAGAUAUGUGGUCAUGCAUAUUGAGAUCUAGUGUGUUUUUGUUUUUUGCAUGUGUUUAAAGACCUCUAAGGUUACAUGCCCACUUUGACUUUUUGGCGAGUUGCUAAAGGGAGAAUUUAUAGAUUACGUGUAUGUGAAACAUAAAGCAAUGACUUCUAGUAUUGUGUUGCAAUACACUAAAAAGAGCGACUUUAAGAUGAUCCAUCAAACAUAGAUGUGUGCAUGCUGCAAAUAUGCUCUAGAUCACCAUAAUAAACACAAUUUAAUCACGGUACAGCACAAGGUACCUUGAUUAUUAAAUUGUUUGCUAAUAUGUGAUAUAGAGCAUAUUUGAAAUGCGCACUUGUAUUUUAAUUUUUUAAUAUGCUUGCCUGAAGCUCUCCAACAUGGUAGUCGAAAGGUUCUGCGUAGAAUUCUAAAUAUGUGCGAGAAGAUUCACCCCACACCCUUUGCUUUCUAGGAAAUUACUUGACAAAUUCUUAAUAUAAAACAAAAAAACACCCUAUAUAAAUUGUAAUAGUACUAAGUUACUCUGCAUUUUUUUUUUUAUUAUUGCCAGGUUUUCAAUAUGAAUGCCCCUGUUCCUCCUGUGAAUGAUCCAGAAACACUGAAGCAACAAAGCCAGUACCAGACUAGCUACAACCAGACGUUCCCCGGCCAGCCACAUCAAGUGGAACAAUCAGAACUUCAACAAGAACAGCUUCAAACAGGUUGGUUUGGCUUAUUUACUCGUAUAGUAACAGCCAACACAAUUAAGAAGUUUUUUUGCAUCCGAUGUUUGGAGUACAUCAUCCGAUCAUUGCAUCAUGAAUGGAUGGCUGAACCACUUAGCCUAUACAGAGUAAAAGUUAAUUAUAGGAUUUUGUGCUCACUUUUUUUUUUUUUUUUUUAAAUACAAUAGUUGGAAUGCUUUUUAGAGUCUAUUAAUGUGCUUCUCCUUCCUCCCCAGUGGUGAACACUUACCAUGCAUCUUCAGAUCCGUCACACCAAGCAUCUGCUGGACACCCGCAGGCUGCGCAGCAGAAUUCUGGAUUCCCACGGAACAAUCAGCCGUUCUACAACAACAGAGGAAUGACCCGAGGAGGACAGCGUGGCAGCAGGAACCUGAUUAAUGGAUACCGGGGGCCCUCUAAUGGCUUUAGAGGUAAGCUGAUUGCUUUUUCUUAGCUAAAACAAACUGAUCUUUAUGGCUAGGAAGUGGAUUACCUGAGAUGGUUACCGGUCAACAAUUUGAUUAGAUGGUUGUAUUGGAAUUAGACCUUUUUAAGUGACGAUUAACUUUCUGGUUAAAACCAAAUGGUUGUCAUCUUGACAUGAUCUGCUGGUUUUAAGUUCAUUGCAUAUGGCCUACUUAAACAACACAUACACGGGUGAUUUAAUACCAUACUGCAAUGCACAAUGAAUAGAGUGACAAAUAAUGCAAACUUAGCCUGACCAUACCCAGUAUUGCUGAAUGAGAUUAGGUAGAUCUUGUAUGUCUCUCAUUUAGUUAAAGUGCCAGAUAAUGCACAGAGUUGAAGUAUAAGGUGUGGUUUAUUUUGAGCUUUUCAAAUGUGUAUUUAAAAAAAGUGUAUAAAUACAAAAAAUGUAAUGUCUGUCUAGGAGGAUAUGAUGGUUACCGUCCCACUUUCCCGAACACUCCAAACAGUGGUUAUACCCAGCCUCAGUUCAGUGCUCCCCGCGAUUACUCCAACAACUACCAAAGGGUAAGCUUUGCGAUUUAGGUGCAUUAAACCAGAAGCAUGUAUAAGGUUGCCUUCCAUACAUAUAUGAAAAAACACCUGACAAUACCUAGUUUUGCUUGGCCUCUUGGUCCAUACGGGCUGCCAUUUUAUGUGAUCGUGUUGGAAGCAACUAUUACUUGGCCUAAGAUCAAACUGGAAUCCAGGUUCUUGUGCACAAUUACCAAACUAUGACACUUGUGAUUGCCAGACACAUGUGGAUAUAAUUAAAAAUCGUACACCAACUAAAUUAUCUGUUAAUACAUUGGGCAUUGCUCUGUUAAAGACCCGUUAAGUCUACUUCUCAUAACUUUUUUUUUUUUAUUCUUCUUUUCCUUCUUUUGAAUUUUUUCCACCAGGAUGGAUACCAACAAAAUUUUAAACGUGGUGCCGGGCAGGGAGGUCCUCGGGGAGCCCCUCGAGGUAAUGCACAAGUGAUGCACUCGUAACUUCGCUACGACAGGAGGCACAGGCCUGAGGAGUAUAUGGAACAGUUUAUGCCCUUAUAACAUGAUUAGAUAACGUCUGCCACUCAAUUUUCCCAAUCUCCUAGUUUGGAGUAGUUGCGCAUUUCACUUUGGUGUUGGGUGAAAUGUCCUGCUUUAAAUUAACUUGUAAAUUAUUUUGUUUUAAAGCUCUGAGCAACAGUUUAAAGCUUGAUGGAAAAAUGCUUUUGCUAGAACAUCUUGCCUUUUUUUAACCACAGAAUCUGUCCUGAAAACUUGAAGUUUAAUUUAUUUUUUUCUUUUAAGCUUUACUACUUGUUGCGUUUUUUUGACCCACAUGGGGAGUGUAUAAAUUUUUAUUUUUUUUCUAAAUUUUGAUUCUACUUUUGCAAGCGAAAUAAAAUGUUUCUCCCAUCCAACCUCCUUGCUUAUUAAAACACCCAACAAAAACUCAGAAUUUGUGAAUUGUUGCUUGAGUUUCAAUAAAGUUGUAUUAAGUCAACUCAGCUGGUUGCGGAGUUUUUUUGUUGUCUGUAUUUAUUAAACUCUGCUUUCAGCUAGUGUGCAUUACAUACCAUAUCGCAAGGCGGAGGCCAGGCCAUUGAACUAAAAAUACUAGCAAGAGCUGAAACCCAAUGCGUGCACACACGGUUCUUAAAUACAAGCCUGCAGCUGCCAGGGGAAUGGUUACAUUUUGCUUCGUCUGCAACAGACAUUCAGAAGUGCCGAACUCUAGGAAACAUAAAAAGUAUUGUCUGCAAACUGAGGCUCAACAAAGGUUUCUUCUUUACAUUAUAUGCAUAGUCUUUUAGGUUAGGUAUUUUAUUUAUAUAGUGCCAGCAAAGUCUGUUGCGCUGUACAAAGGGUAAAACUAUUCUAUGUACACCAGUAUGUUCUACUUGUGUAUUCAUAGUCAUGGAUUAAGCUAGGUUUUGGCUUUCGCAUCAGUUCUUAUAAUAUAUAUUAUAAUAAUCUUCUGGUGUUUGUUUUUUUUUUUUUUUAAUGAAAUUCUUUCAGUGUGUAUAAUGUGCAUAUAUUUUUUCCACUUUUUGUUUUGGUAAUUCCAACUUGGGGAGAUCUGACAAUGUGGGAGGUUUCUAGUUUAAUUUUUAAGGCUACUCCACUCAACUGUAGCCCAUUUUCUUAAACGUUUAUUUUUCAUCUACUUUCCAUGUUUUAUUUUGUUUAUUUGCAGUUCGAGGAGGGCCCCCAAGACCCAACAGAGGAAUGCCACAGAUGACCAGCCAGCAAGUCAAUUAGUCAGUCAACGAGGAGCUUGCAACACCAAUUGGUGUGUUGUAUAUGUUACCGGAAAAGUUGGUUUAUAUAUUUUUUUUUAUUUUUUUUCUGCCAGGAAAUCUUGUUCUAAAGGGACUGGUUUUUUGUUGCCUGAUUAAGACAAGACUGCAGUUGUCUGCUUAAUAUUAACAGGAUAUGCGAAGAAUUUACAAACCAUAUUCUGCAUGUUCUUCCUGCUUCGUUAAGAGCCAGUGACCGCUUCACCUCUUCCUGGUUACGAAGGAGCGGCACUGACUGACUUUCAUUAGUAAUCCUGGUUAACCAUUUAAUUCGCCGUUUUUUUUGUUCUUUUUUUCUGACUUUGUAAUUUGUUAUUUAACUAACCACUUGGGGUUUGAGCUUGGUAAAAAUCUCUAGCACCCCCUCUCACCCUGGAUAAGGCGAUAUCGUGAUUUCGGUGGUAAUGCACUGUGUCCUGUGGUAGGCAAAAGUUCAGUCCAAGAGAUUUUAUUUUUUGCACUCUGUUGAUGACACCCCUUAAAAUUUUUUGAAACAUUUCAGCUUUUUAUUGGCAAUUACAAUAAAAUUAUGUAAAAUGGGAGUUUACUUCCACCCAGUUACUGAUAUUUUUUUUUUACAUUUUUUUUUUUUUUUAACAUUGUAGCAAGAAAUUCUGAGCCAAGUAUACACAGAUGUGUGAUACAAAAUUACCUGCAUACAUUAUGUAAGGUUUGCUUCCGUGCCUAGAGGGAGUCCUCAGUCUGUAUAAUCAGUAGGUGAGGGGCAUACUUGUCCUCUGUGAUCUCUUUAUUUUGGUCUAAACCUUAAAAUCCAUGCAUGCAUUAUCACUUUCAUGUAGGAUAAUGCCUAUACCUUCCUGACGUAGAUCAGAAAGGCUGUAGCCGCUGCUCUUUCUCUCACAACUGCCAUUUGUGGAUCAUAUUCUCCCCCUAAAAGGAAAAAUGGUAAUCUGGCAAAUAAAAACAUGUUUAUAAAACGAAAAAAUAAUUCUGCAGUCGUCUUACUUGGGUUUCACACAUGGGGAUACACUCAAAUUUUGAAUAGACCCACACCUUCCUUACCUGUGCUCCCAGGUCUUGGAAGGUCUGGGAAAUGUUUCUAAUAUUGGAUUGAUGUGAACAACACUAGUUCUAUGGCUGCCAGACUAUGGAAAAGCUGCUGUGAUAAGCAAUGUGUGGUUAUAGAGGUAUGCAAUUUGACCUAUACAUCAACACUAGCGACUUUGUAAAUCUGUACAUGGUAAGGAACAUGGUAAAUGUGACAAAUUAAUGGUGGCGAAAAUGACUAAUAUGUAUAACGUCAGUACAUCAGUGGUGCUGCCUUUUAAACAGAAGGACUUUUAGUAAUUCAAUUUUUGUGACCGCUUUCAUAGUACACCUUCAGUUUCUUGUUCAAUGGAUCUUUGUAUGGUU